AUGGCCGCCAUCAGCUUGAUCGACCGGUCUCAGGCAGAAACCAUUCACCUGCUCGCCAAAAGAGAGAAGAACUGGGCCGCGAGGGAGCCUGGUGUGGUGCUUGUGUUUUGCAUCGUCUUCCUCGUCGCAUGCGGAAUCAUUUCGCUCUUUGCUUAUCGUCGAUGGAUGAAGCGGAAGGCUGAAAAGGAGACCUACGAAACAACCGAGUAG